GUUCUUGUAGACGGAGAGGUAUAAGAGUUGUUGAUUCUUCUUCCCUUUAGUUAGAAAUUUAACUGGAAUUUACACAUUUCAGGAUCAAACAAACCAAGAAAAAAUGGAGAGAUCCAUUUCUUUUGAUCAUCGACGCGAUAACGAUCUUCCGAAUGAUCGGAGCAGCGAUAUCGGAUAUACUGCCAAUGAUCGGAGGCUUGCUUACUCCCGCUCGUUUCAGCAGUCUCACGGUCCACGAACGCCGGCGGUCACGGAGGCGGCUAAGCCUUUUCUCGAUAGGACGGUCUCCAGCAUCGAUAUGCCGCCGGAGAUAUACUCCGUCGACGGAAAUGAUGUUUUCUUCGGAGAAGGGAAAGCAGCAGACUUGGGGAAAGUAUCGGUUUUGCAUAUGGUUUGGGAGAUUUUUGCUGUUCUGAGAAGUGGAAAUCGGCAGAUGAAGAGGCUGUUUCUGCUGAUAUCGCUUAAUGUGGCUUAUUCUACCACAGAGCUCUCAAUUGGGCUCUUAACUGGGCGUGUAGGUUUGGUUUCCGACGCAUUUCAUCUGACAUUUGGAUGUGGUCUCUUGACAUUUUCUUUAUUUGCAAUGGCAACUUCAAGGAAGAAGCCUGAUCAUGCUUACUCAUAUGGGUACAAAAGACUUGAAGUUUUAUCUGCUUUCACUAAUGCUGUAAGUAUGUUUUUAACGUGUUUUGGUUUUAGUUUGAGACAGCUGUUCCUUAUGUUCAUGUCAUUCUCCUUAGCCGUGGAAGCUCUUCAUGCAUUUAUACAAGAUGAAUCAGAGCACAAGCAUUAUCUGAUUGUAUCAGCGGUAACAAAUCUGUUGGUGAACCUACUAGGUGUUUGGUUCUUCCGGAAUUAUGCUCGUGUCAAUAUUGCGUACAGAAAAGCAGAAGAUAUGAACUACCACUCCGUUUGCUUGCAUGUCAUAUCAGAUUCCAUCCGCAGUGCAGGUUUGAUACUGGCAUCUUGGCUUCUCUCUCUCGGGGUUAAAAAUGCAGAGGUCCUAUGUUUGGGAUUGGUAUCGGUUACAGUGUUCAUGCUUGUUAUGCCACUCUUCAAAGCCACUGGUGGUGUCUUGCUUCAGAUGGCACCUCCAAACAUUCCUUCUUCUGCAUUAAGCAAAUGCUUGCGACAGAUUACUUCUCGAGAAGAUGUCAUGGAGGUUUUGCAGGCACGUUUCUGGGAGGUUGUGCCUGGUCACACUGUUGGCUCACUCAGAAUCCAGGUGAAGAGCGGGAUAGAUGAAAGGCCUUUACUGCAGUAUGUGUAUGAUGUAUACCAUGAUUUGGGUGUACAAGACUUGACCCUGCAAACGGAUUACACCUGAGCUGCAUCUAUGUUUUAAAAAAUUUAUGUAUACUAGAGAUUAUGGUUCUAUAGGAAAACAAAUUUUGGUUUCAAGUUGUGACUUUCUUGUUUCGUUCGUGUCUAUUGAACCACAAGGUCCACAGCACAAGGACCACAAUCUUUGCAACUCUUUUAGUCUUUUAAGGUUGUGGAUAUUUUGGCUCAUUCAUGGCGUACUGCGAGUUAAAUGAAACAAGAUAUUUACGAUUA